GUGACCAGCACCUCCACACCCCCAUGUACUUCUUCCUGCUCAACCUCUCCCUCCUGGACGUGGGCUGCAUCUCCACCACUGUCCCCAAAUCCAUGGCCAAUUCCCUCUGGGACACCAGGGCCAUCUCUUACUCAGGUUGUGCUGCACAGGUCUUCUUUGUAUUAUUCUUGCUUUCAGCAGAGUAUUCCCUCCUCACUGUCAUGUCCUAUGACCGCUACCUGGCCAUCUGCAAGCCCCUGCACUAUGGGACCCUCCUGGGCAGCAGAGCUUGUGUCCACAUGGCAGCAGCUGCCUGGGGCACUGGGUUUCUCAAUGCUCUGCUGCACACAGCCAAUACAUUUUCACUACCCCUCUGCCGAGGCAAUGCUGUGGAGCAGUUCUUCUGUGAAAUCCCCCAGAUCCUCAAGCUCUCCUGCUCACAGUCCUACCUCAGGGAAGUUGGGCUUCUUGUAGUUAGUCUCUGCUUAUCAUUUGGCUGUUUUGUUUUCAUUGUGGGGUCCUAUGUGCAGAUCUUCCAGGCCGUACUGAGGAUCCCCUCUGAGCAGGGACGCCACAAAGCCUUUUCCACGUGCCUCCCUCACCUGGCCGUGGUCUCUGUGUUUAUCAGCACUGGCAUAUUUGCCUGCCUGAAGCCCCCCUCCAUCUCCUCCCCAUCCCUGGAUCUGGUGGUGUCAGUGCUGUACUCGGUGGUGCCUCCAGCAGUGAACCCCCUCAUCUACAGCCUGAGGAACCAGGAGCUCAGGGAUGCUGUCAGGAAGCUGGUGACUGGAUGUGCUUCAGCAGCCAUACACUGCCUGCUUUCCUUUGCAAAGGGCUCCCAGUGCAGGUCAUGAGAGGCCACGUCUCUCUUUCCUGCUUUACAUUUGUUUUGCUCUUGUGAUAAAAAUGUCAGUUUUCAUCCCCUCCUACUUCAGU